AUGAAAUCCUCCACUUUAAUACUCAUUAUUGUAGGACUAGCCUAUGCAGCCAAUGUCCUAGUUCAAGCUUCACCGUACCACAGAGAUCAACCAGAAGUGCUUUCAUUGCUCCGAAGUGGGUGGUGCAGCCACGACUCUGUCUACAAUACAACCCAAUAUUGCAAUUGGUCAGGUAUCACUUGCGACCCCGCUGGACAGAUUACUCAAAUUACUCUUUCUCAUUAUUAUUGUGAAUAUUGUGAACAAUGGUCAUUGAAGAAAUUCAACUGGUCUUGCUUUCCAAACUUAGUCCAUCUGAAUCUUUCCUGUGCUGGGAUUUCUGGAGUUAUUCCAUCCCACCUAGGUACUCUUUCAAAACUCACCCACCUUCACCUUUCCAAAAAUUGUCUAACAGGCCAAUUACCUCUUUCAAUUGCCAACCUCUCCAGGUUGAGGGUGUUUGAUCUUUCUUAUAAUGGCCUAAAUGGUUCUAUUCCAAGAGAAUUGGGUAGUUUAAAGAAUCUCAUUACAUUAAAUUUGAGCCAUAACCAUUUUCGCGGUCCAAUUCCUUCAACUGUUGCUCUUUUUUCCAACCUCACUCAUCUAAAUAUGUCAUCUAAUGAAAUUAAUGGGUCUAUUCCAAUUGAUUUAGGAAAGCUGAAGAACAUGGUUUCUCUGGACCUGUCUCACAACAGGCUCCAAGGACACCUCCCAUCCAGUAUAUUCCAACUGAACAGAUUGACUUCCCUAUCAUUUUCUCACAACAAAAUCAAUGGUUCCAUACCUCCGGCUUUGGGUGAUCUAACCAAUUCGGUGGAGUUGGACCUUAGUUCAAACGAAUUUGAUGGUCCACUCCCUCUGGAAAUUAGAAAACUAAGAAACCUAGAGUCGUUAGUCCUUAACCAAAAUCAAUUGAUUGGUUGCAUUCCAUUAGAAAUUGCAAAUUUGAAGAACUUAACAUUUCUGGAUGUUAGUUACAACAGCCUCAGUUGUCCAAUUCCUUCAACUGUUGCUCUUUUUUCCAACCUCACUCAUCUACAUAUGUCAUCUAAUCAAAUUAAUGGGUCUAUUCCAAUUGAUUUAGGAAAGCUGAAGAACAUGGUUUCUCUUCACCUGUCUGGCAACAGGCUCCAAGGACACCUCCCAUCCAGUAUAUUCCACCUGAACAGAUUGACUUCCCUAUCAUUUUCCCACAACAAAAUCAAUGGUUCCAUACCUCCGGCUUUGGGUAAUCUAACCAAUUUGGUGGAGUUGGACCUUAGCCAAAAUCAAAUGAUUGGUUGCAUUCCAUUAGAAAUUGCAAAUUUGAAGAACUUAACAUUUCUGGAUGUUAGUUCCAACAACCUCAGUUGUCCAAUUAUGCCAAUUCUCACGGCUUUACAAUCAAUUGAAGUUCUUUCGCUAGGUUCAAAUAGAAUAUAUGGUUCCAUGGAUUCAAAUAUUGUAAAGCUCAGAAAGCUGUAUUCCUUGGACUUGUCAUAUAACAACAUAUCAGGGAUCAUACCUUCUGAAUUUGCCAGCAUGACAGAAUUAAGGUAUUUGGAUCUUUCUUACAACUUUUUAAAGUGUCCAACCGGCGGCAAAGAGCUUGACAUCAUUUCUUUCAACUAUCCCCUUCAUUGCUUCAAGUCUACCUCCAAGUCUACCCGCAAGUCUACCAAGCCUACCCGCAAGUCUACCCCUCAAGUUGCG